AGGUGGUGCUAGUGUGGUCUUUGUUUGUUUGACAUCGCUGGCCUUUGUUCUCCUCCACUCCUAGCUAAGACAAAGGGCACUGUGUAAACCGCCACAAAGACAGGCUCUCUCUCUCUAAGCCCCUGGAGCCCAUCCCUCAGUGCCCUCUUCUCUCUCUCCUCUCUUGGUGACGCCUGUGGUGGCUGGUGGUGGUGAAAGAGGGUUGGACUCUGGAGAGAAGAGGGGCUGAACUGUAAGCUGUUGGCAGGAGCUGAGGAGCUUUUACACACGGAUGAAACCAGUGCAGAGAGCUGUUCUUUAGUUGCAAUAUCCUGCAGAAGAGCCUUUAGCAUCACUGGUUCAUAAACUCUUUGCUUGUUUUGAGGAGCACAAGAUCGAAAGCAGCAAAUGUUUCCGGUCAGACAGCCUUGGCUUUGCAAAGCCCUAGGUUGUUAUGAUUGCUGUAUCCGCUGCCUGGGGGCAGUGCCCUACCCGUCCCUGGUGGCCACUCUGCUCUGCUUCACCGGCAUGGCACUGUUCUGUGGCUGUGGGCACGAGGCACUGGCCAACACAGAGGUUCUCGCCGAGACUUACUUCGCUCGUAACAUACAAGACUAUGUUGUCCUGGCCUCGUUUAUCAAGUACUUCCAGUACGUGAUCUAUGGCCUGGCCUCUUUCUUCUUCCUUUACUGCAUCCUGCUGCUGGCUGAGGGAUUCUACACCACCAGUGCCGUCAAGCAGACCUUCGGAGAGUUCCGGAGCACCAGAUGUGGCCGCUGCCUUAGUCUGACGUUCAUCAUUGUGACAUACGUCCUGGCAGUGAUCUGGCUGGCGGUGUUUGCCUUUACAGCCAUACCCGUCUUCUUCUUCUUCAACAUGGCACAGACCUGCCACACCAUCAACAUCCUGGCUGAGACGGCACCCAGCAUCAACCAGCAUGGCUGGAUCUGCAUGGAUGCCCGGCAGUAUGGACUGCUGCCCUGGAAUGCAAUGCCAGGGAAGGCUUGUGGAAUGACCUUGGCAUCCAUUUGCAAAACAAAAGAGUUCUUCAUCACCUAUGACCUAUAUAUCGCUGCCUUUGCUGGUGCAGGGAUCGCUCUCUUGGCUCUGUUUCUGUAUGUGGUAGCCACCACAUAUAACUAUGCAGUUCUGCGGUUCCUGGGCAGGAAAGGGCUGCGCUGUUAAAAACUGUGCCCUUUCACGUCUCCAUUACCCCAUAGACUGGGCCUGAGGGGCGCAGUUACACAUCACACCACUGAACUCCAUCCAUCCCCUGUGAGACACACCUGCAACAUGGAUCCCCUACCUACUGCUGGCUGCUUCCCUGGAGGGCUCCAAUUACUGACACAAGGUUCAUCUGACCAUCUGGUUUAUCACCUCAGCCUAGCCUCAGAGCCAUACUUUAUGUAUUUCUGAGCACCUCCAAGACGUAUGAUACCUACUAAUGGUCUAGUUACUUUAGACAGAAACUAAAGUAGGGAGGUUGGUCAAAGAAGAGGGGCGGGCUCAAUCCAUGACUGUAUGAUAUUGUACGACCGCUAUUCCAUUCAUAACAUAACCUAAUGUAACGUAAUAUAUCAUGCUAAAUGGAGUGUCAAAGAUUUACGUUGAGAAUAAUACAGAUUGCCCUGAGACCACGUUGGGUCGUUAUAACUUUAAGCCCCUCCCCCUGCUCACCAGUCUUAUACCCGUGGUUCUCAGUCCAGGAGGAUGACUCUCUGAUGUCUGUUGCUAAUUUUCACAUUGGAUGUAGCGUCUCUGAUUUUGGUUCACACAUUAAAAAAAAAACUUUUAAAAAGUGUCACUGACGCUAUUGUCAGAUUGUGGGCUCUAUUUAGCUCUCUAAAUCUGAGUGACUUGGAGAGAUGGCUGCUCUCCAUGCUAAUCAGAACUAAGAAACCGACCCCAGUCGCCUUGCUUACUGAUAUGUAUAUAGAUUGUGAACAUGAUCUAGCUCCUGUUGCUUUAGAUUGUGUUAGUAAAUGAGCUGUCCAUUACUGUAACUAGAGAAAACAGCAGAAUGUGCCAAAGUUCUCUACAACACUCAAGUGAAAUGUGGGAGUGUAAUGUGGGAGUCGCUCUUUUCUAAGUGUGUCAAAGCACUUACGGCAUCUUUUUUGCAUUCACUCUUGAUGUAGUACCUAUUGUUUGUCCUUUUGACUGAUUACUGUGUGUGGGGUGCAAGGAAACCCAAUUAUAUGGAUGUGCUAAAGGUAUAAGCUAAAUAAGAUACUCUGUUUUCAUUCUCCAUAUGUAUUAAUGCUCUCUGCUUUUAAACUGUAGUGUUUGAUUUCCAGGGGAUUUCUGGCUGGUGAGUGGCCUGCUAUGCUAUUUACUGAAUUGGGUGUGUAUAUAAUGCUGUGUUGAAUUGAUUAGCCAUUAAAAUGUAUCAAAGCCUUUGAA